CCCCGCCACGCCGCCGCUGCCCCCGCCCGCCCCCGCGCCGGCCCGCGGCCCGCCACUCCCCGCACCAUGUCGGUAGACCUAGAAGAAACCGAUCUGCCCAUGGCUGAGGCAGAGGAGGCGCCGCUCUCCCCGGAGAAGAAAGCGGCUGCUAAGAAGGCGAAAGGAGGCGGCGGCGCCUCGUUGUCGCCAUCGAAGAAAAGGAAGAACAACAAGAAGAAGAACCAGCCGGGCAAAUACAGCCAGCUAGUGGUGGAGACGAUCCGCAAGCUGGGCGAGCGCAGUGGCUCCUCGCUGGCCAAGAUCUAUAACGAGGCCAAGAAAGUGGCUUGGUUCGACCAGCAGAACGGCAGGACUUACCUGAAGUACUCAAUCAAGGCACUGGUACAGAACGACACGCUGCUCCAGGUCAAGGGCACCGGCGCCAACGGCUCCUUCAAGCUCAACAGGAAGAAGCUGGAAGGCGGCGGGGAGGGGGGCGCGGGCAACAGCGCCCACAAGUCCCUCAAGAAGGCGACGGUCUCCUCGACCCGGAGGGCGGAGAAGCCGGCGGCCAAGAGCAAGAAGCCCGAGAAGAAAUCGCACAAGAAGGGAGCCAGCAGCGCGGCGGCGAAGAAAGACAAGGGCAAAGCCAAGAAGGCCACCAAGAAGGGAGCCGCGUCCCCCGGGGGCAAGAAGGUGAAGAAGUCGGCAAAGCCCAAGGCGCUCAAGAGCCGGAAGGCAUGAGACCGAGGCGCAGGGAGCCUCCCGCCGCCCUCCGGGCUGAGAGCCCCGCGGCACAGACUGCUCUGAGGACAGACCCCAGGGGACCCGCUUUGUCUUUGUGUUGCUGACUCGCCUCCGCAGCCACCGCCGUGCGCGGUGAGCGGGGCUGCGGCCGCCCCAGCGCCCCCCCCUUCCCCUUCUCUGCCGCCUUAUUUUGUCCAUCCCUUUUCCCCCCCAUCCCAUUCCGCGGCUUUUCCCCGAUCGCGCCCUUUUGUUUUCGGCCGUGCCCCUCCCCGCCUGUAGACGGUUCCCGGCCCCCUCCCCGUCCCCCCGGUUCUCGGGGAUUUUUCCCGCCCGGUUUCCAUAGCAGCCAUUUUGCACGGGGCCCCCCCGCGCCACGUGGGCCGGUCCCGCUCCCGCCGCCCGCGCGCGCCCCGCCUGG